AUGGCGAAAUAUUGUUUAAAAAAGCCAAGUAAGCGCAUGACUUGCGCAAAACGUUAUAAAAUUGAAAAGAAAGUUCGGGAGCACAAUAGAAAGAUAAAGAAGUUGGAGAAGCAAAAAGGCAAAAAGCAUAAAGGUUUGAAACCAGUAAGCGUUCCAAACAAAUGCCCAUUUAAAGAAGAGCUGUUAAUGGAGGCCGAAAAAGCUCGGGAGCAAAUUGAAAAUGCUAAAAAGGAGAAGAAACUGAAUCCUUAUUUUUUUUUUUUGUCUUUUGUGUCACAUUUUUUUACAUUACAGGGAGCGAGUUACGAACGUCUAGCGGCGGCUGGAACAUCAGAAAUAGCGAAGAAUGAACUUACUAAGGAAAAGAAUGUUAGGACAUACGCGGGUGAAGUUUGGAAAACGGUUGAAGCUGCGGACGUCAUUAUUGAAGAAUCGGUUUUAAAUGCAGGGAAACGGAUGGUUUUACUACUAAAUAAAAUUGACUUGGUACCAAAGGAGAAUGUUCAGAAGUGGUUAACUUAUCUGCGUGGCCGAUUGCCUACGAUUGCAUUCAAAGCUUCGACUCAGGAGCAAGCGAAGAAUCUUUUUUACAGUUUGAUUUUUAUCCUCAUUUGCAUCGGUGCCGACCUGUUGUUAAAACUUCUAAAUAAUUACUGCAGAAAUAAGGAUAUUAAGACAUCAAUUAGAGUUGGUAUUGUGGGCUUUCCUAAUGUUGGAAAAAGUAGUGUUAUAAAUAGUAUGAAGAGGAAACGGGCUUGUAAUGUUGGGGCGGAACCAGGAGUUACUAAACAAGUUCAGGAAGUGGAGCUAGAUAAGCAUAUUCGUCUUUUGGACUCUCCGGGAGUGGUUCUGGCUUUACCACAGGAUAUGGAUUCUGUAGAACUGGCGUUGAAAAAUGCAGUCCGACCUGAAACGUUAUCUGACCCAGUAGCUCCUGUUCAGGCGAUCUUACGGCGUUGCUCUAGAGAUCUUACUCUUUAUUACAAAAUUCCUAAGUUUGGAACUUGUGAAGAGUUUCUUUCGUCGCUAGCGCGAAGGUUUGGAAAAUUGAAGAAAGGAGCCAGGCCCGAUACAGUAGCAGCCGCGAAACGAGUAUUACACGACUGGAAUGCUGGUAACCUUCGUUAUUAUACCGAACCACCACAACUUUGCGCAGCUGAGAUAUUGACUGAGUAUUCGAAAGAGUUUGAUUUAGAUGCUCUAGAUGAGGACCAGAAAAUUGUUGUUGAGGGUAACCUUGUUGUGCCUUACUUAUUGGACGCUACCGUGUACUUUGUCAUUAAAAAUGCAACUGAGAUGGAUGAAUUUAAAUUCCCUGCUUCGUUGAAGAUUGAUGGGAAUGUUCAGAUAAAUCGUGCUAUAAAGAAGGCGAUUAAACGUCAUAAAAAGAAAGAGAGGAAAACUGGUAAUGCUGAUUUUUUAACUUUGAACGGUUAA